GGCGUGGCCUCCGGAGUGGGCGGGGUCUCAGCUGGGUCAGCUGACAGGGCUUGUUGUGGUGGAGGAGAAGGAGGAGGAAGAAAGGAGGAAGGAUGCCUGCGGAGAAGAGCUUCAAGCAGCGGCGUAGCUUCGAGCAAAGAGUAGAAGAUGUCCGAAUUAUCCGGGAGCAGCAUCCAACAAAGAUACCAGUAAUCAUUGAAAGGUAUAAAGGAGAGAAGCAGCUUCCUGUUCUGGACAAAACUAAAUUUCUGGUCCCAGAUCAUGUCAACAUGAGCGAACUGAUCAAGAUUAUCAGGCGCCGCCUGCAGCUGAACUCCAACCAGGCUUUCUUCUUGCUGGUGAACGGACACAGCAUGGUGAGUGUCUCGACGCCCAUUUCGGAGGUGUACGAGAGCGAGAAGGACGAGGAUGGAUUCCUGUACAUGGUGUACGCCUCCCAGGAAACGUUUGGCGUGGAGCCCUCCGCGUAAGCCAUCCCCCUCGGUGGCUUGUAGCCUAGGAUAGUUCUUACCCCUCCCUCCCUUCGACAGGAAAAAAAAAGGAAAGGGAUGUCACCACCAACCUGCUCUCACACUAGCUCUGCUUAGAGGGCAUCCCCAUCGUACUUCAUUGUUUUGUUUGUGGAUAUUGAACAGACGAAUGCCACUAUGGACGAGUAGAUCCGCUUCGUAGACCUGCUAUAUGCAUUCAUACGGGCAUUGAAAGGCCUCCGGGAUUUGCCCGAGACCCAUAACCAUGUGUGUUAAUAAUUUGCCAAUAAAAGGGAUGUUCCUCUUGCUGUAAUCAUCGGGACGGAAAUGUGUAGUAUCCCAACUCCCCUGCCUCCUGUUAAGUUCUGUUUCAGCUCCUCAAAGAGAAAAGGGAAUGAUUAUGAGUCAAAGACUGAGCUGAGUUUCACUCCUUUGUGGUUUGAUGCAAAGUGGUGACCGGGGUCUGGGAGGGAGGAUGCGAAUUUGCUCGUACAGCUACUUUAGAAGAUUAGAAUCAAAAUCAGAUGGCUAAUUAUUAAUAUAUAUAGAUAGAUAUAUCUCAAAACACAACAGCUUUACUUGUUUUAAUGGGUGUGUGUAAUUAAAAACAAUUAACAGUUCUGUAAGGAAAUCUUCCAGAUUAAGACACGCUUUGCAAAAUCCCAUCGCCAUCCUGCAGCAAAAAGGCCUGGUUUUCAAUCCUACUGUUGGGACUGGAGGUGACGACUGAAGAUCUUGAGAGAGAGCCGCAUUUGGGGAUGACAAUUGGAAGCUUAUUUUUCAAAGUAUUGAUCUUUCUACCUUCGUUCAAAGAGAGAAAACAAAGUUUGCACUGUAUCCUUACUCAAAGACCUGUGGUUUUGUUUCCUUCCAUGCGAAUUACAGGCUUAUUUAUUUUUGUUUGAACCGGGCAACAUCGGAUUACAAAACCAAGCAGAGAUAACAGGUUCCUGUCUGUUGCAUGGGGUCUCGAUCUUAAUUUUACUCUAGGCAGGAUGCGCCCUAUGCAAAAGUAAUCUUUUAGGUAAACGUCCUGCUUUCCCACUGAAAUAUAGCAAUCUUAUUAUCCUUGUAUGUUAAAUGUGCGUGCAUUUAAUUCCAUUUAAAGCAAGCCGACUUCCGCUUAGGGAAGGAGAGCCGCGCUAAACGUUGGCACACAGUAGGGUGUCACUAUGAUAUGUGUACCUUUGCAUGCAUCCAUUCUGUACCUGCUCCUGUCGACAUUUGCUGUAAGAUUUCAUUUAAAGUCUACUACUGUUCAGCGUAGGAUUUUUUCAUGAGACAGCCAUCCUUUUAAUUGAUCACUUGAGUGCUGCUUGUACAAAUGUUGCUUUUUUUACAAAAAAUAUAUAUAUGCUGAUAUGGAUGAUUCCGUC